GUACUAGUGACUGCUGUUAUCAAGAUGGCGCUGCGGCCAGGAUCUGGGGGAGGCAGCAGGUAUUUUAGCCUUUUAAAACCAACUCUGUCGCUUAAAUGUUAACAUUUUGAGAAAAGCGCUCCUCUUAGCGCCGAUUAGAAACACGUCGACGACACUGAAAGCGCUUAAGGAUGUCAACGGAGGCUGGUUUUUGUUGUCGAUGCUCGGUGAUGAGAUGAGAUGGCUGGUUGUCAGGUGUCACAGCUAACGUUAGCUAGCUAUCCGUGUCUGCUGUCUGCCUGUGCCCAGGGUGGACUUAAAAUAACGACAUAAGACUAAUAAAUCCAACCUAACGUAUGUGAUGUCCUCUGUAACCAUUAGUUUGCCUACAGCUCACCGUACACAUCGAUAAAUCCUGAUAUUAAUACAAAGAAUUGCAUUAUUACUCCUGUAGCAUUGUCUUUUAACAGCCUGCACCUGUACUGACAGGCCUGUUGACGGCUCAUAGUGUUAAAAUUUGACCUUUUAUUCUCUGAUUUUAAACCAGUUUAUCAUUAUCAGUGUUUUUUUGUAUUGGAAAACAUUAGUAAGCUGUUGGAAAUACAACAGUUGUAGUAGGUUUGAGUUAAAUAUCCCAAAAAGAGCUGCAAAGACAGCUGAUGUUUCUUCUUCUUGUAGGUGGUCUAUCAUCUUUUAAUGACUGAUAUGUCUCUGAAAUACAGAGUCAGACCUCUCUUACAGGUUUAAUCCACAAUUAUAGACAGUAACAGCUACACAUAUAACAGUGAUUUAAAUUACAUUGACCAGACAAAUAGAGCAGCUUCAUGAUGGUCUUCUAGGAGAUAAAACUACCAGCCUCAUGAUUCUUUCAUCCACUGAGCUCCAGCAGCUUUAAUAAUAAAUACACUCUGGUUACAAGCUUCUUGACCAGCCAGGUGAUAUUGAUCUGACAGGUGAAACCAAAGCCAUUCCAGCCUGUAUGAAUGAGUGAAGGUAGGAAAAAGUAGAUGUAAUCUGAGGACCUGGAGGUAAUUAUAGUUAUCCUCAAUAUGCUGCUUAUCCCUGUUUGCCCCACAACUCACAUAAUGCAACCGGUCUGUGUGCAGGUAUAGUUGUAAUUCUUUUCAGUAACAGUAUACACAUGUUUUCAUAAUCUUUAACUUUUAUUUUUAAUGUUAGUCGCUUUUAAAGUAUGAAAUAUGCAGUUAAAGGUCGCUUUAGUGUACUGUAUAUGAUGACAGGGCAUUAUAAUAACUAAGUAAAAUGAGGCAGGAUUGUGGGAGUGAUAAACCAGGAGGUGGAGCAGUCGUCCAGCUUACUUAUCCUGCCUGACAGGUGGAGCAGCCAUUGCAGGUGUGUGGGGUAAAUGAAGCGAUGAAUGCGCUACAUUAUGACGCUCAGCAGUUCAGUCAAAGUAGGUCCUGUUUUCCCCACGGGGAUGCUGACAAAGAUGCAUGACGCCGGUCUCCAUUUGUGACACGGUUUGUCCUCAUGGGUGUCGGAUGAUGUGUUUCUGGGAUGACCUGUUGUUAUGGCGUGAUACUUGUAUAAAGUGUUUAUAACUGGAGAUGUACAGAAGAAAAAGGACAAUGAAACAUUCACUGUAAUUGAAUUUUUAUAGUGUUAUUACUUGGAUAAUCAUGAGGUGAUGCCCACUGUAUAUACAAGAGCAGCUUCUAAAUAAGAUGAAGUAAUUUUAGAUUCCCUCUCCUGUGUGAUGUUGACAGCGACCCUGCCGUCAGUCUCCCAGCUUGAACAACAGUUCGAUGAUAGCUGCUGGAUGAUUACAGUCUUUUUAUGAGACACCAGCCUGCCGAGCCACAGCUGCUCUUACUGCUUAUCUCCUCCUGUGCUAAUCUGCCCAGCCGUGACCUGUUAUUCACUGCAGGACGGUGGUGGGCAGCAGUGCUGUAGCGCUCCUAUAAAAGCCCGUUAAGCUGCAAAUCUUACAGGGAGCAGAUGUGACGGACUGAAGCCAUGAAGUCAAGCAGCAUCAUCCCUGAAGUCAAAACUGAGUCAUGCCUCACCAGCGGCAUCCUCUUCUCAGUUUGAAAGCUAAAUAUUUACAAUUUAUCACUUGGUAAAGCAGGUAUCAUCAAUAUUUUCUCUAUAUAAACACAGAUACUGUAUUCUUAACCACAGCUGUGUCAGUGUUGACAGAAAAAUGAAUUUGUCAGCUGUCGUUCACAACAAACAAAGGACAUAAAUCAGUGUGACCAGGCUGUGUUUUAUCUGCAGGCACAAAAGGUGUGAAAACAACAACAUGAGUUAGUACCUCUGUGAAUUACAGGUUUCCUUGUUUGCAUUGAUGUGAAUGCGAUACCAUAAUUUUGACUGUUGUACCAAAUUUGGAGUCAAAAUACUCAAUGUUGAAAAGGCAUCUUGAACUGGAACAAUCCUAGUUCAGUACAUGAUGGAUUAGUAAGAGAUUGUCUGAAGUAUUGGUCAUGUUGGGUUUAAAAGUUCAUUAAACACUGAUCGACCAACAAGCCAAUCCCUGUUGCAUGACACAGUUUUUUAGCAUCUUUUUCUCACAGGUUUUGGAUAAUUUAAUGAGUUUUCCAUCAGAGUCACUAAAGUAGUCCCACAGAAAACCCAUAAAGCUGGAUCUGUUCAGGAGCACAGGCGUGGAGGUCGUCUCUCAGAAGAUGACUCGCUGUGGUUGUUGGUAGUGGACAUGUUGAGAUAGAGGCAUUGCUGUUCUUGUUCAGAGUUGUAGUUACCGUUCCUUCUGAUGCAAAUUUACAGUUUUAUAAUAGCAGUGCUCAGUAUUUCAUGCACAUUACCAUCAAAUAGACAUGAUUAUCUGAAUUGGUAACAUCUUUUAGGUAGGUUUUUAAUUCUUACACUAGAAAAAAAUAUAUCAUGUUGUGCUCUAUAUUUCAUAACAUGACUAAUACUUUGAGCUUGAGUAAUUAUAGGACACAAAAUGAUAUCUCACAAUGUCAUAAAAGGUGAAAAGUCAUGAUUUACUGCCCUUAUUUACUGCUUAAGUACUGUACACAAACUCACACAGUGCAUGUGAGGAUGAAUUUUGAAAGCUUCCUAAAGUUAACUUAGCAUUCAGACAUCAAACUGGAGUCAAAAUAACUCCCUGUUUGCCACUGGGAGUUGAUAAUUGCUUUGGCAAAUGCUUGAACCGUGUUUCAUUGAGCCCCCCCGCCUCCCUUUUGUGAGCACAGUUGUGUUGGUGCCGAAGUUAUCAGUAUGAUAAUGUCACUCUCCCGCUGGAUUAGUUUGAUGCUCAGAGUCAGACGGUGAGGGAGGCAGACACUCGGCUGUUUCAGUCUUCUGCUCGUGUCUGCGUCAUCAGCUCCUGCCUGAAGGAGCGAGUUGUAAUAAGUUAUUAGACAAAUAGCUGGAGGCCUAUGUGUGUUGGCUUGGGUGAGGAGACACUUGGCUGGCUUCUAGAGACUUCCUUGGAUUAUUUCUUAAAGGCUUGUUUGUCAGCGCAGAGGCCAAGAUGCCUGUGGAAACUAAACUGCAUCAUUUAGGCUGCUUUUUUGGGGAUUGAUGUUUGAAUUAGUAAAGAAAUUCACCUUUUGUGCAAGAACUGGAAUUAUAUCUUUAUAAAAAAGAUUACGAUUCUGUUGGUGCUGCUGUCUACUCACUGGUAAAUGCCUGCUAUGGGCUUAUGAAAUAAACAUUUUCCUCCUAUUAAUUAUUUAGCUGUAGUGCUUGCAAUGAAACCAGCUUUCAUGUUAUUGAAAACCUCAAUAAUCGAAAACAAAAAAGGAAGUUAAAAGUGAUCAUCUGUCACUGGCACUGAAGCUUUGAGAGGAUACAGUCAGCUGGGUUGUUAAAGGCUGCAGAGGAAAUCAUUCUGCUCAAAUAUCACAUUAACUCACAGCUGUCCUUGUAUCAGCUACAAAUGUGGGAUUCAUCAAUGAAUAUAUUUCUUCAUUGCAAACCUGAAAUGUGGUAAUUUGUCGCAUCAAAGUGCAGCUGCCCGCCACCUGCUGAGGCUGUAGUUCAGGUUAAUGGCGACUGUCAUGAUGCUAUAAAGCUCUACUACCAGGAUGUAAACAAACACAGCUGAGAGAGGCUUUAUCGUGGGAUUUUGAUUCUGAAAAUAGAGAUAAAUUUGGAGGUACUAAUUAAUCCAGGGGUAAUUUCUAACCAGGACAGACGUGCAAAUUAACCUGUCAGGACCCAAGACUGCGGGUGCUAAUUACUACAUUUUGGCAAACCAAUUUGGGUUUGAGUUGAAAUUUCCUCUUAAACGACAAGGAUUUUCAGUUGCUUAGAAACACCUUCAGUUACGACCUCAUGACUGACAUGUCGCCCUUUUCUCUCUUUAGUUUUAUGUAUCCUGUCGGAGGGGGCCUGGGACCGCCACAAGGUGAGUCAUCCUGCAAGUCCUGAUCUGCAUGUUGUCAAAACAUUCUUAAAUGUACUGAUUAAUAAAGCUUUCUAUUCCGCCGGCAUUGAUUUGCAUUUUAAAGGUGACCCGACGAUUGACCUGCUCUUACAUCAUGUGAUUGUUAUUCCCAUCAAACUAGAAAAUAAGAGCUGCAAGUCAAAUCACACUGUUAAAAAUACUGGCCUUGGUGCAUUUAGUUUGGGAUAUGAUAUUGAAAUUAUAGCAAAUAUGAAAAAAACUGAUUUUUAACGACCAGAUGUAAGAACUUCAACCUCUAAUCAGCUGAUACUCAUGAUGUUACUCUCUCUAUGUUUAAUCUUAACCCUGAUCUGGUUUUUGUUUUUAAUGUGUUUUUUUCCCGCCCAAAUCACUUCAAACGCCGAUCUAAAUAUGCCAGAAUAAUCAGGGUUUAUUUCUCAUGAAGACUUAAGUUUGUCAUUGACCUUUCCUCCUAAUCCCACCACUAAUCAUUAGGCAGAUGGAAGUAUGGCACACAGAUUUGACCACAAUGGAGUCAAAACCUUUAUCACUGGUGUCCAGACGAUAGCGGCACACUGCUGGCCUCAGAUGCAUCAUUUACUAGUGUGCGUUUGUCAUAUUUACGCUGUUGACUCCCAUUUGCUGCAUCAUUAUAGACAAAGUAGAUUGUGUGCAGCUACCUAAACAAGCCACUUAUUCAGCGCGGGUGAGUCCUAACAAAGUGAAUCAUCUGGCGGCUCCGGGAGGAGCUGGCUGUCAGCUCGCGCAGCAUCUGUGAAAACAAACAGACACUUUCUCUCCUUCUCCUCACUUCUCUUGUUUUGCUCCAAGCUGUCACAGUCGUCACCAGAAAAACAGAUUUGGUUGUUGCUGAGCGUGCGCCUUUCCCAGCUGUCCAGGAAAUUGAUUUGCAGCACUGAAUCAUGUCCAGACUCCGGAGGCUUUUUUUUUUUUUUUUAAAUCUCCUGUAUUAAGUUUUCUUCAGAGUAUUUUAAAUUGAGCUGACGGCCAUGUUUAAAAAAAAAGAGAGAAAUUGAAUACUCUAUUUUCCAUGUCUGUAAUCCAUCUUAACAUUGUUUGUUUUUUUUGUAGGCAUGGUCCCCAUGCAGCAACAGCAGCAGCAGCAACAGCAGGGCUUCCCUAUGGUUCCUGUCAUGCAGGCGAACAUGCAAGGCAUGAUGGGAAUGAACUUUGGAGGACAGAUGCCUCCGGGGGCCAUGCCAAUGCAGGUGAGUUUGUUGACUUUCUGAUCACCCACUUGCUGAUGUGAGCUUUUGUGACUGAACACACUGAACUGAGUUAAUGUAACUGAUUUCCUUCAAGUGGAGGUCUGAAUUAAGAUUUCCCUGUGGUCCUUUUUCUGUCCAAAUCAAUCUCACCCCAGACUGUUUUAAGCAUCAGCACAUUAAGAGGAAUUUAUCGCAGCGUGGUGAUUUUUAACAAGACUUAAAUAUAUUAGCGUCAUUCUGAGUUACAGUGCUGUCCCUCUGUCUGAGUGUUUAAUACAAAGUUAGCGUGGUGUUUAAGUCGGUCUGCUAAUGAGAUAUCUGAGCAGCUGUGUGUGUUUUUGUCUUCUAACAGGGCGGGAUGGCUCUCGGUAUGCAGACCCCUGGGAUGCAGUUCCUGGGUCAGCCACAGUUUAUGGGGAUGAGACCGGCUGGACCUCAGUACACUGCUGACAUGCAGAAACAAAUGGCUGAGGAGCACCAGUGAGACGUCUUUAUGCUUACAUAUUCUUCUGUGUGGCUGUUUGUGAAUUCUGAUGUAUGCAUGUGGAUGAAACAGGCAGUCUAACUCCAUACUUUGCUAUCAUCAAAUGUAGAUUAAAGAUUAUUUUAAUUGUACAAGUGAUUUGGAUUGUCUUUAUGCAGUGAGGGGACUCAAAAGAACUUUCCGACCCCAUUUGUCCUUUCUUCCUUCCUUCCCCCCUGUUUCUUCUUUUCUUCCUUUUCUCCUUGCUUCCCUCAUCUUUCCUUUUUUUUCCCUUUCCUCCUUCCUCUCGUUCUAUUUCCUCCUUUUCUUCCUUUCCUCCUCUCUCCCCUCCGCUUUUCUGCUUCUCUUCCUUUCCUCCUUCCUCUUUCCUUUUUUUCUUCCUUUCCUGUCUUUUUUCCUUUCCUCUUCCCUCUCUUCCUCUUUUCUGCUUCCCUUCCUUUCCUCCUUCCUUCCUCCUUCCUUCCUUCGUCUUUCCUUUCUUUCUUUCUUUCCUUCCUUCUUUCUUUCUUUCUUUCUUUCUUUCUUUCUUUCUUUCUUUCUUUCUUUCUUUCCUCCUAUCCUCUCUCUUUCUUUCUUUCUUUUCUUCCCAUUUUCCUUCCUUACCUCCUUUCUUCCUUUCCUCCUCUGUCCUCUCUUCCUUUCCUCCUUCUUUCCCUCCUUUUUUCUUUUUUCUUCUCCCUUUCCUCCUUCCCUCUGUCCUCUUUCUUGCCCCCCUUCCUUUUUUUCUUCCAUUCCUCCUCCCUUCCUUCCUCUUUCCUUUCUUUGUUCCUUUCCUUGUUCCUUUCCUUCUUCCUACCCUUCCCCUUUUUUCUUCUUCCUUUCCCCUUUUUCUUUCUUUUCUUCUUUCCCCUCUUUCCUCCCUUCCUUCUUUCCUUCCUUUCUUCCUCUUUCAUUUUUUUCUUCAUUUUCUCCUUUCCUCCUGUCUUCCUCUUUCCUGCUUUUCUUCCUUUCCCUCUUCCUACCCUCCUCUUUCUGUUUUUUUCUUCCUUUCCUCCUCCCUCUUUUUCCCUUUUUCCCUUUCUCCUUCCUUCCCUCCUCUGUCCUCUCUUCCUUCUUUCAUCUUUUUAUUUAUUGAUUUACUUUAGGCCUUUUCCUGCCUGCGUUUAAUCAAAAAGUGUCUGAAUUAUUGAGCAGUGUGUCCUCCUCCUUACAUAUUCAAGAAUAUUAAUAUUUAAGGUUUGUAAAGCGUCUGCUGUCAUCUCGCCCUUCAGAAAACGUCUGGAGCAGCAGCAGAAGAUGCUGGAGGAGGACAGGAAAAGAAGACAAUUUGAGGAGCAGAAACAGAAGCUGAGGCUGCUCAGUAGUGUCAAACCCAAGGUGAGUGUCUCUCCACAUCCUGAUUAUUCCUCACUAUUAUUUCAGCCCCUCCACAGCUCGCCUUUGUAACCCUCUGGGCUCUCAAUCCUCUAUCGUUCUGUACUCAGACAGGAGAAAAGAGCCGUGACGAUGCCUUAGAGGCAAUCAAAGGCAACCUAGACGGCUUCAGCCGAGACGCUAAGAUGCACCCAACUCCAUCAUCACAGACCAAGAAGCCAGGUACCUCCACCUCUAAGCUUUAAAAUGUAAUCCCUGUUGUGCUUCUCCAUCAGCUGAUCUGAGCUCUGUGGCUUUGUUGAGGAGCUGUCGUCUGACAAUAAUAGCUGGAUUAGAGGCAGGUCAGCAUGAUGAACGCACAGCUGGCAGCCAGACCAGCCAAAAUAAGGAUUUUCUGUCUGAGCACAAAAUAUGUAACACUGUUUUUUUCCCACCAUAUUUCUUUAAUCACAUUAUGUUUCCCCCCAUGACCUCAUCCCCACACCUGCCAGUAUUAUUAAUCCUCAUUUCUUUUUAGAAGUCUGAAUAUGUACAUUGGUGUUCAAUACAGCAUCUGUGUAUGAACCGCAGCGUUACAUAUGGAUCAUCCACUGAGAAGUAUCAUUUCUCCUGAAUACACCUAUUUCUGUGCAUUUCCAAAACCUGUAGUCAUGCAUUUAAAAAGACUUCACCUGAAGUGAAGCUUGACAGCAGAAGUUAUCAACCUUUGUGAAAAGGCAGCAGCAGAGUAUACAGGUCUGAGAUGCAUCACAUGAUCAGUUUCCUACAUAACUAAUGAAAAACUGAACUUUGAAGGUAUUCAGACUUUUUUUGAGCUAUCCCUGUAUUUGCUGCUCUUCUUAGUUUAAAUCUGCUGUUGAGAAAAGUCGUUAAGUUUAUUGUAUCAUCUCUUUUAUUUUGUGACCUUGGAAUGACCCCUUAUAUACUGUAUAAAGAGCAGCAGGUCCCAGUCGUGUUUCUAUAGCAACCCAGAAGAGAAAAAUCUAUCGCCGACCCUGAGCGUUGAAAAACAGAGAGGACUACAUCUUAAUAUGAGCUGCAUGUGAAGAUGUUCUGGUUACGUUUGCAGGUCUACAGUUUCUGGUCUUGCACUGAAUAGUUUUAAUCUCACUCUUGCAGUGUGCAGCCUUGAAUUCAUUCUCCAUUGCAGUGUGUUUUUGUUGUGUUUUGUGCCAUCAUCAUUAUUAUUUCUUCAUUUUUGCAGACUCAUCGCCAUCACGCGCGUCUGUCACCACUCACUCCCUCCCCCCAGCUUUGUCCGAGGACAAUGACGAGUUUAGUGACUUUCAGGGGCCUGUAGACGCUCCCGCCUCCUUCCCUCCACCUUCCUCCUCCUCCACUUCCUCCUCCUCCUUCGGCUUCUCCGCUCAGCCCCCGUCCUCUGUCCCAAAGAUAGGUUUCUCUGAGGGCGAUGACGAUUUCAGUGACUUUGUUCAGGGUCCCGUAAACGCUCCCCCCUCCUCGAACCUCUCCUCACAGGCCCAACCUUCGCCCCCCUCCCUGAGGGCAGGUCUGUCCUCUUCCUCUUCCUCUCCCUCCCCACUUCCUCAGUCCCUCCCAACUUCUGUGUCCAUUCCCACUGUCACCCAAAACUCUGCUGUCAACACCAGCUCCCAAUCUACAUUUCAAGGUAACUUUUCUUUUUGCUUCAUUCACACCUCCCUUCCCGUCCUCGUAAUUUAGACUCGACAUUUCCUCUCUGAAUGAAUCUGGAGGAUUUUAUUUUAUUUUUUUACUUUUAAAGCUUCUUUUGUUGCUGAUGCUGAAUAUUUGGACUGGUUUGACUCUUUUCUGUUGGUUUUGGCUUGAGAUGCAGUGUGAGAGCAUGCAGCCAGCACAACAGAUGGCCUGACCUCAUUACCUAAAACCUUUAAAGCUACCACACAUUACAAACAAGGCAAACGAGGAUGCAGAGCGAACAGGACAGAGAGAGACUUAUACCCUGUAGGUUAAAACCGAAUAGUAGCCAUGCCCUCUUCCACCAUUGAUACAUGUUUUGUGCGCUGAUGACUCUCUUGUGUCAUCUGUCGUCUCAUCUGUGAGCCGAGCAGCUGCUGGGUGGCAGCUUUUAGGGUCGUUGAAAGAGUGGACGGAGAGAUCAGCUGCUGUCCAGAUAAAUGCAACAGCCAGCCCUCCGCUGAGUGUCAUCCUCCAAUCCUCUGAGACAUUUCUGACCCAGUUGUUAAGCAUCUGGAAUAAGCAGAUUAGAAGGCCUCUCGAUCACUGCCUCUGAAAUCUGUAACCCUUUCUUUUAUGGUACACUUAUUACCAGGUAAUUAACAGGUAAUUACUUAGUAGUUAUCAUGUAAUUACCAGAUAAUCUCAUGUUGUUACUAAGUCAUUACUGUGUACUUUUUCUUUUUUCUGUGCAGCUCCAUUUUCAAAAACUAUUUGGGGUUCUUAUUACUAUAGUUAACACUUGAUACAGCCUAUGGGCGUGCAACGAUUGCGUAGCAAUACGCUGUUUGAGCCGAGCAUUAUCACAGCGACUCACCUGCUGAAUGCGUACAAUGCUACUGCGCAAGCGGUGGUUCCAGGAAGCGGAGAAAAUCCUGGAAAUACCAGAGCAAUUCGGCUUCAAAUUUGUAUGAUGAAGGAAGGUUACCUACCUGGUAGCUAGACAGUAUUGACUUAGUAGUUAUCAUGUAAUUACAAGAUAAUUUCAUGUUGUUACUAGGUAAUUACCUGGUAAUUACCUGGUAAUAAGUAUACCAUAAAAGGAAGGGUUACCAAAAAAUCAUAUUACAGUACCCAGAAUUAAGUAAACUUAUUGUCUGCAUUGCUGAUUAUUUAAAGUGAGACCGUAAAGAUGAUAUUUAAACUGCAGGAUAAAAUAUUUAGUGGUUGUUUUGCACAUAAUUGAACUUCAUUUAUUCAGCACGCUUUAACCCCGCCUUUUGGACGAUCGCAGCUCAUUCACAAGUUUGUUCGAGUCAAUAUCUCGGACUAUUGGUCGACUUCAAAAUGCCUCAUAAGAGUGACAUCACUGAGAUUAAGUUCUUAUUUUAUACAGUUGACGGAUUUAAUCUUCUGACCUAAAUGACUUUCUUAUCACUUAUAAAGAAAAAUACAACAACACGGAUUUAAAGGUGAAAUUUGUUGCUUUUGUUAUUCCGGUCAGGGCUGAAACAUGCUGUUUGUUUAUCUCUUACAUUUAUUAGUUUGUCCUAGCAACAUGUUUGCUCUCUGUGUUUUAUACCGAAAUGUCUCAGAUGUUAAUUUUGUAAUUCUUUUUUACCAAGUUUACAAAAUUUUCACAUAUCAAAAGAAAACUCAGACUUUCAUGAGACGGAACAUAUAUUAUAGAGACAUUGAUGUGUGGUUAAAAAAAAGUCUAAUUUCUGUGUGUAAGAAGUUUGUCAUCCAGAAUCCUGUCCCUCAUUCACUCCUCCAGGCCCGUCCCUCGAAGAAAAGCUUUUCUCCUCAUGCGAUCUUACUGCUGAUAAGACGGCCCAGGUUAGCUUUAAGCCCAAGCAGAGUUUGGCUGAAAUGGGUCCCAGAGCUAAAGUCUCGACCCUGUUUCAGUCCAGUGUUAAAGCCAGGAACUGGGCCGAAGCCCCCAGGGACUUGAGUUCUGUCUUCGUCUCAGAAAAGCUACCUGAGGCACCCAAGUCAGCACCCGGCGCCCCACUACCAGCUGCUGACUCGUCUCCUCAGAGCGGUAGAGACAGUGGUGAGAGAAGUGAAUGUUUAUUGGACUUUCAGCGUCUUCUCCUGACCUGUGCUUUGCUGCAGUAUUAACACACUGAGAAAGGCGGCGGUCUUCUCUCUGUCCUUAAUAAAAUAUUUCUCUCUUUCUAACCCUGAAAAAUAAAUCAGUAACUUUAGCUGCAGUUUCUGUUUCUCUGGUUCGUACCUGAUUCUGGACUGGGCAUCACACUGAUGUAGCUCUCGUGCUGUUUUAUGAAAUCCCACUGACAUUUUCUUCUCCUCUGAGAUCGUUCCUGAGCAUUGGUGUCUUUUUCUGGUGUCUUUAGUCGAGUCUCUGCUCUUAUUUCUGCCUGCUUCAAACCUCUGUCACUUCAGACCAAAUCUCAUUAGAGGGGCCCUCUCAUGUUGGCGCUCUGUGCACACACGGUAGAAAAUGGACUGUGUCUGUCAGAGGGUUAUACCUGCUGACUCAAUAAGCUGCCGUCUGCUCCCUCGCUGUGAAACAACACUCUCAGAACGACCUCCAGCGCAUGCUGACUGCUUUGGUUUAACAGAGAUGUGCAUGGAUGGGCAGGUGCCACACGGUGCCAAACAUAAUCCAAAGCUGAUUGUGCAUGCCGGUGGGCUUCUCCUCUACGCUGUUAUUUGUCUGUGUCUGUGCCGUCUGUGUCAUCAAGGGAAAUACAAAGGCUAAUCAUGCAGACUGAGGGGAGAUUUGUAAUGAGAUUCAUUUGACUGCCCAAGACUGAUGAAAGGGAGUGCUAGCUGCAGAGUGCCUGCUUGAGUAAACAUAUGCCGAGCAGACAGAGUGUGGGGAACUUAAAACGAGCCAAAUUAUUCUGUCUUUAAACUGUUUUUUAGCUUUCUCUCAGGAAAAGUUGUAAAAGAAAGUCAAAGCAGUUCGAUUAGCAGCUCUGUGUUUUUCCUGUUAUAGUGCAGCUUCUACUAUCCCCUCUGUUGAAGGUGGAAACGGCUCACAGGCUGAUUUAUGGGGGUCUGAUGUGGCAGCAUGCUUGUGAUUCAGUGCAGGGGGGGCCGUUAUAUCUGCAGCCAGCCUCCCAGACAUCAGGUGUAUGAUUUUGUUGAGUUUGAUACCAGCGGGGUUCAGCUGCCAAGAGGCUUGGCAAAUCGUAAACCUGGACAAGUCUUCUGCUUGAACUGCUCACACUGUGUUUGUGUGUUUGGUGUGUGUGUGUGUGUGUGUGUGUGUUUCUGUGCUUGUGGCAGCAGGAGUUGGCGUGUACCCACAACAAGAGCACAUUCAGCCUAUGCUGCCUGCCUGGGUUUACAACGACAGCCUCGUCCCAGGUAAACAUUUGUGCAAAGAUUCAUCAAGUAUCAAGUUCAGAUAGUCCAGUUUGAAAGAAUAAAGAUAAAUAAAACAUCCCCUCUUUUUCAGGCGAAACUUAAUAUUUACCUUUAUGUUCCUUCUUUCUGCAGAGAUGUUCAAGAAAGUUCUCGAAUUCACCAUGACACCAGCAGGGAUAGACACAGCCAAGCUCUACCCUAUCCUGAUGUCAUCAGGUCUGCCAAGGGAAGCUCUGGGGCAGAUCUGGGCGUCCGCCAACCGCACAACACCUGGCAUGCUGACCAAGGAGGAGCUCUACACUGUACUUUCACUAAUUGGUGUGGCGCAGGUAAACACCGGAGUCAAGACAAAUUAUCCACUUAGAAUGACUUCACUAAUCAUCCCUUCCCCGGCUGCUGCAGAGUCUCGCCAUAAACUCCACGCUGAAAUCAGACAGGCUCAGCUAGAAAUAGAGCGAAAGAGGCAGCUCCGUGAAUCAGCCCAGGGCUUGUGAAGCAUUGUAAGCCGCGUAUAUGUCUGAGUCCCCAUCAGCCGAGUUUGGCAGGAGGCUUCUUAUCAUCCCUAGCCCGGGUCUGUCACCACCACCACCCCUGGGAGGAUGCAAAUCUGCAGGCAGCUCACGAAACGGCGUGCCACCUCUUCCCUGCGAAGAAUAAUAAGAAACCUUUGGUGAUGUAAAUCCUCACAAGGCUUAGCGCACAGACACAACAAGCUACGCUCUCAUGUGAGGGGAGGGGGGAAAAGGUUUCAGUCUGUCUGUGACAUCUGUGCAGAAGGAUCUAGACUGUGUUGAAUAAUUUGCACGAAAACAUCCAGACUUUUUUAUAGUUCAGUGAUUACAGCGUGGCGUGACAUGGUAAAUGAUCAUUUUGAGCUGUUAUGUAAGAGACAAGCAUGUGUGCGUUUUUCUCCCUCAGUGCUUCCAUCUCUGUCACUUAGAGUAUAUAUCCUGUACCACAAAAAUACAGUGUUUUUUUUUAAGCUUUGGGUUUAAAAUGACAAGCUUUUGCAAAGAUAAAUAGAUAGAUAGAUACAUAGAUAGAUAGAUACAUAGUUUAUUUUUAUGUCCUGCACAUAAAGUUCCCAACCCUCAUGGGUUUAUAAGACAUCAAAUCCAGUUUACAACAUGCUUUACAAUACAUUCCAUUCCAUUACAGCUCAUAGCCAUAUAUGUUUUGUCUCGUUUCCCAAGCUUGACAGAUAUAGUCUGCUACAAUAAAGGCUCCCUUAGAGAAACAGAUUUUUUCAUAAUCACCUAAUUCAAGGAACUCAACAUAGAUAGAAGAUAUUUUACAAACAAAUACCUCUCUUUUAUCAAUAUAUUUAGGGCAGUAAAACAAAAAGUUAACCUCAUUUUCGAUUUCACCUAGUUCGCAUAACAUACAGUAUCUCUCCUCCUCUGGAGUGGCAUUAAACCUGCCUGUCUCCAGGGCUAAUGGUAAUGUUCCUGACCGUAUUUUUGCACAUAGAGAUUGCUGUCUUCUGCUUUAAUUAUAUUUCACAUAAGGCUCGGCAGUGUACCUGUCCUUUAUGAGACAAUAAGAUCGCAACUUAGGUUUAUACCAAAUAUCAUGACUCCACUUUUCUUUCUAUCUGGAAAACAUUGUAUUUCUUAUUUCAUUUACAUCACAUUGUAGUUUAUUUUGGAAAAUAAAAAACAAACCAUUAGAAUAAAAUAAAGAUCUCAAUUCGGUUGUCCAGGAGUUACCAAAUCUAAAGUCCCAAUUAAAAAUCUGUUUUGUGAGUCUCUGGUCAGACAUCUUCACCAGCCUAUUUCAUAGCCUAAUCACUUACACACAACUAUAUUAAUGCAUAUUUCAUGUCCUGGAAAGUCUCUCCAGUUUCAGGGAGAUCAAAUGUUGCAUCUCUAUUAUUUUUUCGCAGAGAUCAAGCUCUAUAUUAAAACAUGUACCAGGCUUCAGCUGCAGAGGCAGAUCUAGUUUGUAGGAUCUGUUUCUCUUCUUCUUUUUUAUCUGUUUCCUGCAUCUGUUGACAUGAAAAAAAAAUCCGGAGUUAUGACUAAAUAUUAAUCCUGCUGUCCUUCGUUUCAGAGCGGCCUCCCUGCGAUGAAUGUUGAAAUCCUCAGUCAGUUCCCCUCUCCGCCUGUACCCAACCUGCGGUCCCUGGCUAUGGCCAUGGCCCCCGUCAUGCCGCAGCACCAGCAACCCAUGAUGACCCAACCUCCUGUUUCCAUGGCAAUGCCCACACCAGCACCCCCACCACAGGUUAUGGCCAUGACACAUGCAGCGCCGGCUCAAGCGCCUACAAACACUAAUUUCAUCGCCAGUUUCCCUCCGGCACAGGUAAAAAGCUCGUUUCUUUGGUUGUGUGUCCCACUCCAGUCAAUCGUACUUGAAUUCAUCCUGACAAACAUGUUGUUGAUGUAGGUCAACAAAACAGAUGAUGAUGACUUCCAGGACUUUCAGGAGGCUCCAAAAGCAGGAGCGGGAGACUUGGCUUUCACUGAGUUCAAGGGAGAUUCAGGCUCAAAUUUUUCCACCACCAUCGCACCUCAACACCAAAACAGGUACAGAGGAAAGGAGAAACAGUUUUCAUCCCUCACUUAAAUGGAGCAAAAUAUACUUUUAAAUUCUCUCUUGGAUAAUUAGUGCGGACUGUGGUUAUACAUAUCUUCUUCAUUCCUCAUUAUUUCUGCCGCCUUUUGCUCCCUGGUUCCACCUUUAUGAAGAAAUGUUUGCUGUGAUUAGGACUCUAAUAUUCAGCCCUUGUUAGUUAUUUAUAGCCGAGUUAGUCUGCAUAGCUUUUGCAUCUCUCAUUGUCUGUCUUUGAAACUAAAGAGUCAGACACACUGUCUUAUUAUCUCCAUACAAUCUCCCCAGAAUAACAAUGAGCGUGGGUCAUCUCUUAAUGAAUUCCUUUUCAGUGGACACCAGAUAAGCUCAUUUCUUCAUAUUACUUUCCAAUCCCAUGUGGAGAGACUGACUUUCACCGGCAGGAAGCUGAAAGGCAAUUAUCCCAUUAAAAGACAAAGAAAACCUGAGCACAAGUAUCUCACAUCUAAGCGUCAAAGGUUUUUAAUAAUUCUGUCCUAUUCCUGCCCUGAAAACAUCCACUCCUGACUGUUUCAGCUGUGUAGCAAAAAUCCCCCACAGUCUGAGAUCUCUGUGUAAUUAAAUGAGCGGCUGAAAAGCUCAUGUAUGGUUGCCAGCGUGAAUUGGCAGCAGGCAUAAUUUAAAGAUGGAGGUCUUUGAAAGACAGGGCUUUGGAAAAACUUCACUGGAAGGUCAGCAUAAUGAUUUUCCGUAGUGCUUAGUCCCAGUGUGUAAUCAGAUCUGCUCCUUCUACAGUGUUAAAUAAGACCUAUUCAUGCUUUCAUGUGUGGUCUGAAAAGAUGCUUUUGUGAUGGAUUUCAUACUCAGAGCUUUUCCUCAUUAGUCCACAGCCACCAGUUACAGCUAAAGCCAUGUCCUGCUGUACGAAUGUGUAAAAGCCUUUUUUGCAUUUAGAGCCUUUAGUCAUGCCCUAAAACAUGAACAUAUAAUUCUGUUUUUAACACAGAAAGCAAACAAAGGGCUGAAUGUUAUUGUAGCAGCUGAACUAGUAGAGAGGCUUUGUCAUUUUUACACAAAUUAAGAAAAUUUUAAACUGUUUGCAAAUUUGGUUUUCUGUUCAGUGUGUGCCUAACAGAUGUAAAUGCUUUGUUUUCUGCCUGCUUUUGCUCUCACACACAAUGCCUGCUGGUACAUGAUUGGUCGAUUCAGCCUACAAACCCAUUACAAGAAUCAGUGGCAUCAAUAUGAAUUCCAAGCUGUUUUAAAAAUAUUAAAAAACUCCUUACAUGGGCUUUAAAUACAGAUUCCCAUUGUAGUUUCCAGCGGUUAGGACUACUCAGUAUGAAAAGCUUUACCUGAGAAAAUGAUCAAUUGUCUCAGACAGUGUAAUCGGGUUACACCUCACCGCUGAGCCUCCCUCUUAAGUCUGACUCUUGCGUCCCUGCAGCGCUCCUGCCAUGCUGACUCCAGUGUCUGGUUCCUCCUCCGCCUCCGUCUCGUCCUCCGAUAAGUACGCUGUGUUCAAGCAGCUGUCUGUGGACCAGCCUGCAGAGCCCGCAGCCCCCACAUCAGGUAUCUGCUACACUUCACACGGUGCGCAUAUUAUGUGAGAAACAUCAUCCUCUCCUCAUGAAACGCUCCAGACGAGUAAAAUCCUGGCAAGAAAAGAUUGUAGAAGUAGGUGAGGGAGGGUAACACGUAAUCUUGACUCCUGCGGGUCUUUUCUCGACACAUCAUCUCAGAGGUGUCGCCGCAGAUUUGAGUUUCUACACAUUUCAACCGUGACUUAUCUCAGGAAUAUCAUCCUUUUCAGUCCUCAUUGUGCAGCAUAUUCAUCACUUUUUAGCCUGAUGUUCAGCACUCAAAGUUACCCAGUGGGACUUUAACUCGACUAUAGUUGCAAUGAAUGAAAAAUAGAUUUGAAACAGCUUUAAAAAGCUUAAACCACUUUCUGACAAAUAUCGAUUUUAUCCAGUUACUGUAAUUUGACACCAACAACAUUUAGAGGUGGUUUAAGUAUUUGGUUCUAGCUGGAUUAUUUUAGAUGCAUCAUCCAGCCACUUAAAUCUGGUUUGUGAGUGAUGUAAAAAAACAAUCCAACAACACAACAAUGCCAACAUAAGACGUACAAAUGUUUACCGUGACUUCUUGAUCAUACUUAGCCUGCACAUUCAUUAGAAAGAUGGUUUUGUGGUUCUCCUUUUUCUCAUGCUUCCUUGUCACCAGCAUGCAGACAACCCAUGAAGAUAGGUCGGUGGUCUGGCUGGCGACGCCUGCAAACACAAAUCCAAUUACAUCACCUGCAAAUAAGAAUGAAUGCCGACACUCUGUCUUUAAGAUCCGAUUUAAGAAACAAAUCUGCAGAGUUCACAGCAAACUGUAUUAAACCAACACCCGCCUGCCUGUGAAAUGUGGUGUAAUUCCUGCUUUUACUAAACCCACACUUGUUUUUUUUUCUCUGUUACCCAGAUUCUGGAGACAAAUACAGCGUGUUCAGACAGCUUGAGCAACCAGCUGACAAGAAACCAGUCGGUAAGAAGAAGAAGAAGAAACUUGGCCUCUUUCACACAUUUGAGUCUCACACACACUUGCAAACUUAUGGUGGCAAAUCUGUUUUUUCUGCCUGAUCCCUCAAAAAGUCCUUCAAUAUAUUAAACACCAAAGAUAAUAUUUUAGACUUGAAGAUGUUUUUUACAAGCUGGAGGACCCAAAAGAUGGAGAUCAUAACCUUCUUAGAGAACAAGCUUUUUUAGGGAGUAAAGUUUCAGUGUUAGAUUCCCCUAAUUAUACACUGCCGAAUUACAGUUUUCCCGUCUUUCCACUGUAUCUUGUUUUGCGAGCCCACGGUGUUGAUAUGCAUGUUUCCCCUCCCUGUUUCAUUAGAACAGUUUCCGACGGGGACCGCUUUUACAACUCCAGUAAGUCAUGCUUUUGCGGUGACCUUUCCUCGGCAUUGUCAGGCUCCAUCUCCUUAAUGAGCCCAUUAGUUUUCCUCUUCCCCUUUGCAUACACCAACAGUCUGAACAGAUUCUCAGUUACAGUCCAUGCAUGUAUAAUAUAAUACAGCAGCAGCUUAACAACCAGCUGAAAGUGAAGAGCGCCUUCUUCUCUCUGUGCGGUGUUGUGUUUCAAAACUUUUGUGACAAUACAGGAAUUAUGUACAAUGUAAACAUAAUAUGGGAAUGCUGAUGACGCUCUACUAAGAUUUUUAGGAUCUUUAGCUGCUCUACUCUUUCACAGUCACUCUGAUCAAUGCAUGGUGGAGCAGAAUGACGUGUCUCUUGUUUUUGUGCAGUGACGUGUGCUGGUCUCUGGACUUUUCUGGGUCAGCAGUUCAUGAUGUGAAUCCGUGUGUUUCUGUCUUUAUAGGACUGAUAAAGACUGAACUCUGCGGUGCAGCUGAGGCUCUACACUCGCAUGUCUGUUUCUUUCUCUGCAAUGUAAAAUUUAUCCGAGUUAUCUCAAAUGGUUCUCUUUUCUACACAGGGGAAGGAUUCGCAGAUUUCAAGUCUGUCAGCGCUGAUGAUGGCUUCACAGACUUUAAAACCGCCGACAGCGUCUCUCCACUAGACCCCUCAGAACAGGCCAAGAUCUUUCAACCUGCCUUUCCUUCUGCUUUCCCAACUUCUCAGUCUCUACAACAGCUACCACAGCAGCAGCAGCCAGCAGUGUCUCUAUCUCAGCCCAAAAAUCCUCUCAACAUGGCCGACCUGGACCUUUUCUCCUCUAUAGCUCCCUCUGUCCCCGCCCCCUCUGAGACCAAACCCACCACAUUCCCCUCAGUGUCCGUGCCCCCCUCUAUAGUUCUCCUACCAGGUGGAGCCAAACCUCCAGGGGGAGGAGCAGAUGAUUUUGGCGACUUUGCUCUCUUCGGCUCCUCCUCUGAUGCCGCUCAGGCGUCAGCAGCCGGAGGAGCCGUCGCCGCCCCUCAGGAUGACUUUGCAGACUUCAUGGCGUUCGGCAGCUCUGGCGGGGAGCCUAAAGGUGAGAGCAGUGUGGGGGUCCAAGGGGAGACCUCGACUCAGCAGCAGCGGCCUCAGCAGAGCUCAGACAAGUACGAUGUAUUCAAACAGCUGUCUCUGGAGGGAGGACUGGCCUACGAUGACACUAAAGAGAGCGGCGGUGGAUCUUUUUCCUCGCUCAAGAGCGACACAGAUGACUUUGCCGACUUUCAGUCCUCCAAGUUCUGCACGGCGCUCGGGGCUUCAGAAAAGACUCUGGUGGACAAGGUGUCUGCUUUCAAACAGGGCAAAGAGGACUCCGCCUCCGUCAAGUCUCUUGACCUCCCAUCCAUCGGGGGGAGCAGCGUAGGAAAGGAAGACUCUGAGGACGCCCUCUCAGUGCAGCUGGACAUGAAGCUGUCGGACAUGGGCGGAGACUUGAAGCACGUGAUGUCGGACAGCUCGCUGGAUUUGCCGGGUCUCUCGGCUCACCAGCCCCCCGCUACAGGUGAGGAACUAGUGCGAUUGCUCUGGUGAGGUCCCGCCCUUCGCUCAUUCACACACAGUAUUAUUUCCAAGGCCAGCAGUAGCCGACGCUGACCACAAACUAAGGGGUCAAAGGGCACGGUCCCUGUCCGAUUGAAUAUGAUCAAACACUGCAAACAGAUAAAACACUUUAUGAGUAACAUAUCAGAUGAGACACAUCACAUCUUCAUUCUUCAUCUCAUCAUUAAUCUCAUUUAUUUAUUUAAUAUUUAUUCAUGUAUUUAUUUAAAUCCUCGAUCACCUCCUCUCCCUCCUUUCUUAUAUUUCCAUAUUCAUCAUCACCUCUACUGUACAUUCAUAUAUUACUGUUAAUUUACUCUCAACUAAAGGAGGUCUGUACCUCUGUUUACCCAUGAAUGAGGAUUGAAGUCAGGCAGUAAAGUGUUGGCAGUCCCGGUUUAAAAGAAGUCAGAUACCGCAGCAGCAGAAAUCACACUUCCCUUCAGUGUAGCUCUGCAGGUUGAAACCUGUAUGUGUAAAUGUGUGUGUGCAUGUUUGUGUGUGUGCGUGUGUGUGUGUUGUUGACUCUCCAUUGAACACUCACAAAAAGGCUGAGCCGAAUACAAAUAAGUCCGGGGGAGUUGUUAAAGUUACGACCCUCUCGUUUGCUCUCGUCACAGGUUUUGCACAACAGACGGUUCGGAAAAAAUGCACAAUCUGUCAGCCGUUACUCACCCUCUUAACUCACGCGGUUUGUGCGAAACAGAUAUUAUAAUGUACAUCACCUGAAUAUCAAAUCCAGACGUAUGAGAUUUUGCAUGCACAACCAGGAACAAGCUAUUCUAAGAUGCUGAGAUGUUCGGUGCAUCAUCAGGUCAGACUGUAUGAAUGUGAUUUGUCCGCUUUACUCUUCAGUAUCUCAAACUUACCAUGCAGUAUUAUUCCAGUUAAAAGGACAUCUAUUUAUGAGAUUUUUCAUCCCCUACCUCACUUCCACACAGCUAACCUGUUCAUUUUGGCCAAUACCAGUAUUGAUAAAGAGGGUUGUACUACUUUAUAAGCAACAGCCUGUUUACAUUAGAAUACUUCCAUACAGCGGACAUGCUGGGACUUGUUUUUGGCAUACAUAAUUAAUGCCUAAUUAUCACAUUAUAGGCUUUAAAUGUCAAUGGAAAUUUUUAUAUCUGCCAUAACAGAUAAACUUUUCAGUCUUUCCCGGCUACAUCCCUUAAAAUGAACACCUCUGUGUUUUGAACCAACUCAGUUUGGAGUUGUCACCCUAAGCUCUGGGAGAAGGUCAUAUUUUAGAAGUUUUAUAGAAGAUUUAUAGAAAGGUAGGUGUAUUUUAUUGAUCCAAAACUGAGAUGUUAUGGUAAAUUUAUGAAUCAAAUAUUCAACAGCAGAGUCAGUAAUAACCCAGGGAGUCGCAGCCCCUAUUCAAGGCAAAUCGACCCAGUUUCUGUAUUAAAUCAUGUAACAACCUCAUCAGCACUCCCUCCCCUCCUCUCUCAUUUGCUCAUCAUUUAUUCAUCGAGCGUCUCACCUUCCACGUCAUGGCUCAAGUUUCACUGAAAACAUUCAAAGCUCUUUUUUUUUUAUUUAUGUAACCCGAGAAAACGUGAAAUAGUUGUCAGGGGAAAGCUUUGCAACUCAAACACGUGAUUUCAUCAAAAGCUCAGAUAAGCAUCCAGCUGGUUGAGAAGUUGAUAGAAGGAUUGGUUUCACUGGAUGGUCCAACUUUGCUCUGCUUUAAAGUGGAGGUUUGGUUUUACAUUUCCAAGAGUUGUGGAUGGACCAAACAAAAGGAGAAGAGUUUAAUGAUCCACCAGUAGGCAAGAGAGACAACCCCUCAAACAAGUAGUUUGGUUGAGGGGAAAAAGGAAGAACUUUUUAUUCUAAGAAAGACCUGAAAAGACAGAACUUUUGAAUACAAGCCUAUAGGGCUGGGCGAUAAAUCAAUAUCAUGAUAUUUUGAGCAGUUGACCUCGAUAACGAUAAAUGGACGAUAACUACUCCACAAGCUGCUCACCCCCUCCCAUAUUAACUUAAUCUACUUCAGCCGCUAGAACUUUUGAACCGCCUUCAAUCUCCUCACCUGUCUUUCCCUCUUUGUUACGGACUGGAUGGGGUGGAGUCACGUCUCUGACAUAGGACAGCGUCUUAAAGGGACAUGAGACCAUAGCCUACCUAUUUUAUUAUUUAUUUAUUUAAUUUUUUGACACCGAAUAUAUUGACAUGGGCAAAAUGACAUCGGUUAAUGUUGUAAAUUUCGUUUUCUGUAAAUUUUCGGUUUAUCCCCUAGCCCUACAAGCCAAAAUUUGUGCAGCAUUGAGGAAACUAAGCCUGGUUUUGUCUGCAGUACCAGUUCAAAGCAAGUAGAGUCGAUACCAUCCAGUGAAUAAAAAGUCCUCCCCUGACAACAGCAACUUUUUUCAGUCAUACAUCCCAUUCUGCAUGAAUACAAGUUGUUUUCGUAUCUACAAGUAUUCACUGCAGCAACAUGAACACAUCAUCAUUUCAUGAAAAAGGACGUAUCGAGUCGUUCUCCUCUUUAACCAGAAGAAAGCUUAAAUGUAAACAUCCCCAUUGCCUUAUUUCAGUUUGUGUACAGCAGUGGAUAUGAAACAGGCUCGUCUGUCCUGUCUUGACUGAGAUGAUGUAUUCAAACUAAGAGUCCAUGGAGCUGCAGUCUAAGUGUUAUUACAGCUGACAGUCUCCAGGUCAACAUCAGUACAUUCCUAUGACGUUUUUUCUGCUGCUGUUACAGCCGCUCGACCUUUCUCCUCAAACUGAAUCUUUCCCAUGUUCUUGGAGAGCUCUGGGACUCACCUGUUGUAAAAGUGUAGCAGGCCGAGCAGUACGAGCACCCUAACUGGCUUUUGCACUGUGUUUCUGUAAACCUUAAAGAGACAGUAUUUCUUUCACGAGGUUCCUUUUGAGUCGUUGAGCACAAAAGGAAUCUGAUUUCUUUGUUUCUGUUUUUAUUUCUUACUGUUACCUGUGAUAACCGCAGCAUGAAUUAUCACGUGUGGCUCAUUGGACCGGCUCUCUGAGAACAUAAUGAAGUUAGUAUAACCCUUCCUGCCUUGCUUUUUGCUGCAGUGUGCCUGCCUUUUUCAAUUUGUGAAAUUGACAAGAACAUUAUACUAAAUACCCUUUUAUGCAUACUAGUACUGCAAGUUGUUUUUAUCUAAGGAAAAAAUGUAUACAGAUUUAAUAGUGUAUUUUUACUACAGGAAUACUAGCUCUUAUUCUGAAAGACUUCUUGAUCUUGAUAUGAUUCUCCUUCAGUGUAAAUUAAAUGUAGCCUACGGUGUUCAAUAAGGUUCAGAUCUUCAUUCAGAUAUUUUAGGUUAUCAUUCCAGACGAAACAUUUCUGUCCUCGGUAGUAUCGAUGUAAAUUUCUUAUUUAGAGGAUCGUAAAAGUUUGCGCACAUUUGCCCUCUCUAAUACAAACAAUCACUGUAGCAAGAGAAAAAGGAUACUGUCUCUUUAAAUCUGUUUCUACAUCUGUGAUUGGAUGUAAAUGAAAGCCCUGUCUGGGAGGUCAGGUGUUAGGAUGGCCCUCUUUGUUUUUCUGUAACCCUUUGAGUGCUUGAAUCAAGUUUACGUCAUGUUUUAACGGGCAGAUUAAUGCGAAUACCCUGGAAAUAACUACAAAUGUAAAAAAACAAAACAAAAUUGGCAGCAGCCCCUCGAUGGUGGCUCUUAAGUCCUUGUUCACAACAAGCAUUAAUUCUGGGGUACUGUAUGUACGUAUUUCUCCCCCCUCAGGUCCUCAAAGGGUUAAUGCUUCCUGCCUUCAGCUUUUUCUUUGAUUACCUUUUUAACCUGGCUUUCCAGAGUGUUCUGUACUUUUCCAAAAACACCUGUUGCUUUACAACCUGAUCGUACAGAAGAAAAAAAAAGAAGUUUGUCAUCUCCCCAGAAUUACUGAUUUUAGUCUGUGAAUGUGCCUUCUCAUUCUGCUUCUAUAUCCUCGGAGUAUCUUUGUUUUACCUUCUCGCUGUUUGUUUUCUUCCUUUUCUCCUGACUCUGCAUGCCCUUGUACUCUAAAUGACUGAACUCUAAUUUUACAAGUGUUAGUUUGACAAACCUCUUGUAAUGAUAGACCUCUUUCACAGUACUUUGUGACCUUUCUCUUUCUCUCUACUCAUGUUGUCGUAAUAAAUAUUACUGUUGGUAUUGCUCAAAUGCGUACGGUCUUAUUUUCUCCUUUCCUUUUCCUUUUCCUGAGAGGCUGUAUAGAUUGAUCUAAUGACACGAAGCUUACAGCUUUAGGGUCCUUGUCAAUUUCACAAAUUGUUUUUUGCAUCAGAGGUUACUUUCUGAUAAAAAAAAAAGGGAGGGUUCAUUAAGGUCGAUUUGUGCGUUUGUGUGUGUGAGAGAGAGCUGAAUCCUUAAGUGCUGACAAAUUCCUGCAAGCUGCGCAGCUCUAUCAGCUCGUAUUAGUCAUAAAAAUUUGAGGACAAACAGUGUACUGUCAACAAAAGAGCAGAUGUAAUGAAAGGAAAUAUCUUUGUUCAUCUGUUGUUUGAGCAUCAAAGCCGUUUCAGGUUGCACUGAGUAAAAAAUGAUCAACUCCAGUUAUUGUCAUGGAAAGAGCUCAUCAUCAGGCAGAACAGAGAGAAGCAUUUUAUUGACUGAGUCGGAGGGCCUCCUACAAAAAUCACUGCUGGUGUUCAUGGAGUUUUUGCCAAAUUGUGGCAGAAAUUCUUUGAGCAGAAACAUGAAAGCAGCUUCUUUAGCUGCAGAAAAAUAUGAGAUGAUAUUUAUUUCUGAAAUAGCUUUAUUGAUUAAUGCCACAACAAAAAGACAUCGGCAUUUUAAUAACGAGUAACUCCAGAUUUCUUCUUUAGGUAUAAAAUAUUGACCUAGAGGCUGCUUUUUGUACACUCAACUUCACUUCUUGACAUGACAGAGCACAGGUAACGACAGUGAAGUAAGACGGUCAGGACAAUGAAACAGCACGCUUUUUAAAGGCACAGUGAGGAGUUUUUAUGUUGUGCUGAUUCUAGUGACCCCUGUGGUAGAAAUCUGUAGUGUUCAAUGAUGUUUUCACUCAGGACGCAACUAGAAUUAUUUGCACAAGUAAAUUACACGUGUAAAUUACACACAAGCUCAAGCAAACACGUGAUUAGACUUCAGUUCUUGUUGGCUGACUCCAGCAUGUUUUGUAGGUUACACAAAUAGAUUUAUUUGCAAAAGUUGAAAAUUUAAAUUCCAAUCAGUCAGUUAAUGCUGUGAUAGCCAGUCAGCUUAAAGAUCUCCUUAAAGCUCAACUAUUGACCAAUGGAAAAAAGAGGACAAACUAAUCAUGAUAGUGUGUGGCUACCCAUGAAGAAAGCCCCCUCUCUUGCAUUAACUUGCAUGUUUGGGUACUUGAUAUGGCACGCAAAUAGGGCAAGCUAUUUGUACAAGUUAACCAAGUCAAAACAAAACAUUCAGGCAUUCGAAUUCUCGUGUAUUAAGCAAAAAAAUAAUAAAAAUUCUAUUAGUGACGAGUAUUAACAUUAAAUCCUGUCCAUGGUAAUUUUGGCCACUUUUAGUAAGCUUUGCCUUGUUCAGAGUCAAAAACUUUCCUUUUAUGAUAAUGCUGCUCCAGUAUCAGCCAUGAGUUUGAACCAUAAUGUAAAAAGAAAACUAUAGGAAAAUAAAAAUUCUUCUCACUGCUGAAGUUUUACCAGAGGAGUCCUAAAUGUAGACACUUCUAGGUGAGUGCCAACCAACUGCUGUUUUUGCAGAUAAAACAACCCAAAAUUCUUUACUGUGCCUUUAAAUGAUCUGUUAUCAUGAUCAUCAUCGUUAAAGGUAUAAACAAAACUCCUGGUAUUGUAUAGUUCUGGCACUAGAAUAAAAAGAGGUCUGUUUUUUGUGAUCUGCUGUCCCCAAAAGUUCCUGUGAGGAGUAUUUGGCCGUCACAAAAACAGAUUAGAAUUAACAAUGUUGACACUUAUGACCUCAAAAGGUAAGACAGGAUUAACCGUUUCUGUAACUUUUUUAUUUCUAUAACAGUCAAAGGGAAGGAGGAGCCAAUCAGAAACUGUACAGCAUGCUCUUUUGUAAGUGAUACAAGUCACAGUUAAAAGAAAAAAAGAAUGAGAUAUUCAGUCAGAGAGCUCCUCUCACACAGGUAUGGGAUGAAUCAGCAACGAGGUACUGAGAGGUGUUGAUUUAUCCACAGGGGGUACCAUAAUAGACACAAACAGAAAGUUCCUUACAGGAGCUUUAAUCACAGCGGGAAACAUAUCUUAAUAUUGAGAAGUUUUUAGAUGAGGUGAUGAGAAGCUCUCUUAAAUGUUGAAAGUUCCUGGGUCAAGACCUUAAAGUUAUAACCCAGCAGUCCAUCAUCUGGGCUCCUUUAUCUUCCGCCUAUCAUGGGUGCUGUGUCUAGGAACCACUGGUAUGUUUUGUUGUCAUUACAGAAGGAGACGACAUGAAAUUUGACCCCUUUGGGACGUCGGCCCUCAGCACCUUGACCAGCUACAACUGGUCAGACCGGGAGGAAUGUCUACCCGGUGAGGUCAAGAAGUCUCAGGGCUUUGACGGAGCUCCUCUUCCAUCUUUAGCUCCGGCACAGAGGACGGAGCUGACCUUUGGCAGCACUGAAAACAUCACAGGCAGCGCCGCAGCAAAGAUCACCACCUCCUUCCCCGCGGACGACGGCUCCUCCACAGACGACAAGUUUGAGGCCUUCGCUGAUUUUGGCUCCGGUGAACAAGGGGGUGUGGAUGACGGGGACGACUUUGGGGACUUUGCGAGCACAGUUUCAGAGAAGUCCGACUCACCCCCUGCCAGCACUGAGGCGGGCUCGGAGGGAAACCUGGGAGAGGCCUCAGAUGAGUUUGGAGCCUUCCAGGGAGACAAACCUAAGUUUGGCAAGUCUGACUUCCUGAAAGCGAGCGCUCAGCCUAAAGUCAAGUCCAGUGAGGAGAUGAUCAAGAACGAGCUGGCAACGUUUGACCUUUCUGUCCAAGGUGAGUCAGAAUCAUAAAUUUAACCUGUUUUUUCCAAAGUCAUUCAAAGUCUGAAUCUUACAAUCAAUCAAACUGCAAUAACAGCAGUGCUGUGCUAAUAUAGAGGUCUGAAACAGUGCGCCCACACUAUCCCAGAGCAUCAUCUCCUAUCCUGCUCCCACAUGUGAGGUCCAUCAGAUCUGUAAUAAAGCUGUCAGACAUUAGAUGGCAGUGUUGGGAUGACAGCCCUGCUCUAAUGGCAGCGGCUGGCGAGAUGGAUGAGAGGAGGCCAACAAAUCCAUAAGCAGAAAUUAACUGUAUCCACCGAAAGGCUGUCGGUUUCCAAAUUGCUGUUUGCUGUUGUCGUGGUCCACAUAUCAUCGCUGAUUGUUUCACUGCGCCGUGAUAAAAGCCCAUUUGCGUCUUAGAUUUAUCUCUUUAUGCAGGAUUUAAUUUGCGAGAAGAAGAAGAGGCUUUACUACCGCUCGUCUUCGCCCAGCGGAGCAGUAAUCUGAUCGUGGUGGGGCUUCUGAUGUUGUGGGCAGGAUGACGCAUGUCUCUGUGGGGGGGCCUAGGAGUUGGAGGAGGGGGGGUUGUGGGUAGAUUACCUGUGUCUGGACAACCUUCACACAUACACACACACAAACGCGUGCACAUCAGUUGACUGGCGGCCCCACUGGAAUAGUCUGAGGCUUAGCAUGUGUUUGUUGUGGUACCCUGCCAGGAUCAGUCCGUCUGCAGGUCCUUAUGAAUAAUUCAUACCAGCAUAUUUGUGCCUGUAUUUUGCACAUAAUUAUACUGUAGUUUGUCUCAAAUUAUGUGUGUUUUCCAUGCCAUGGGAUAGAAAUAUAGUGAUGCAAACUGUGAGUCAUCUCUAUGGGUUGCUGAGCUGAUGUAGUUAUAGUAAAGGUGUUUAUAUUAUUAUUCAUCAGCUCCUUUCUUUUCUCUUCACUCCAGGCUCCCACAAACGCAGUCACAGUUUGGGUGACAAGGAGAUCGGACGUUCCCCCCCCUCUCCGGCUCCAGAGCAACCUUUCAGAGACCGAUCCAACACCCUGAGCGAAAAGCCUGUCCUGCCCGUCAUCAGGGACAAGUACAAGGACCUGACCGGGGAGGUGGAGGUGAGGACGGUCUCAGUUUUGUCAGCUCAGCUAUCCUCCACAUGAUUUGUUCCGACCGCUUUAAAUCAGGGCUGUUGGAGGCUCCUGAGCUCCUCUGCUCUGCUCAGUCUUUGUGGUCACUUGAGAUAACGCUGUGCUGUGUCGUUGCAGGAGAGCGAGCGCUACGCAUACGAGUGGCAGAGGUGUCUGGAAAGCGCUCUGGAGGUUCGUGUCUAUUUUCUUUCUGCUCCUGACCUCGUCUCAAGGCGAGAGUUAAUUGUUAGAGCGGCCGAACAAAUAUGGAGGGAUAAUUGGGAUCGCCAAAAGACGCAGGAUUGUUAUGGCCUGAGGACUUUUUUAUUAUUUCUAAUUUUUAAGCAUACCCUCUGGAUUCAAAUCGAGAGAAUUUAAGGUUGCUCACAUUAAAAUCUUCACACAGUUAAAUGUAAGGAUCGAGGUUUGAGGAGAACAUGCCUUGAAUGUUAAUAAAAGUUCCUGCAAAGUCUCUUUAACUAAUGAUUUAACAUCAAUUUGUUAAAAAACAAUAAAGAGAGAGGUAGACAGUGAUUCUGAAUACAAAAACAAGAAUAUUGUACUAUCAGAAGAUGUGUUUGUAAAGGAAACUCUGGUCAUCUGAUUAUAAUGAGAUGUGAGGAGGAUACCUGCCAUAAUGUCAGUUUUUGUUUUUGACAUUUAGGUCAUCAGCAAAGCCAACAAUAUCCUGAACGGCAUCAGCAGCUCCACUGUCUGCACAGAGGUCAUCCAGUCUGCACAGGGCAUGGAGUACCUGCUGGGUGAGGGAUCACAAACACACUCACACACACACACGCUAUAAUAAACAAGCCUUUGAGGACUCUGUGUGUGGCUUCAUACGCUCUGAAGGACGGACAGGACAAGAUUAGAAGGAGCUCUGGUGCGAUGGCUUAUCUCCGCCUAGUCUGACAAGGUCCCUGCUCCCUUAUUGUGUUCCCCCGGCUUUUAAUGAGCUGCGAGCGGCAAACGUGUCACCGCGAAGAAUCAGACGCAGUGUGCCACUUGAAAAGAAAACAAAAGAGAAAGACGAAAACAUGUUUUUGUCAUUGCGCUUCUUGUGUUUUUCGUCUUUCAGGUGUAGUGGAAGUGUAUCGUGUCACCCGGCGCGUUGAAUUGGGCAUUAAGGCCACGGCCGUGUGCUCGGAGAAGCUGCAGCAGCUGCUGAAGGACAUCAGCCGAGUCUGGAACAACCUUAUGGGCUUCAUGUCGCUGGCCAAGCUCGCUGUAAGUCGAAAACAAAUAAAGUCUGCUGCAUGCCGUGAGGACUUCUCCUGACACACAUUUCCUUGUUUUUGGUUUUUAAAGGGCCUUUACUGUAUCGCUUCUGAUUUAUUGUGGGGACACACGUUCUGCUGUAGACAUGAAGACUUUUAUGAAACGCACACGUUCACACGCACACACAUUCUUGUUUUCUCUGUAUCCAAGGGCUUAUCAUAACACACACUUUCUUGUUUUUGUAGCAUUUAGGGGACUUUGAAUCUUAACAUGAAUCUGGGUAUAUUUCCAGACACACUCAUGUUUGUUUUACAAUCAUUGUAGGGACUCUGUCUGACCCUUAGCAUUUCUGUUUUAACAUUCAGGAGAGUCACACACUUUUUGGUUUAAAUAGCUAUGCCAGGACUUGUUUUACACAUAUUUUCUGGUUCGAAUAAAGACAUGGGGACUUUCUCUGCAAUACACACAUUCUUGUUUUCCUGCGGUUUUGAGACAUCUAAUAACUCACAUUCUUGGUUUCAUAUCAAUGCAAGGACCUGUUCUGACACACACAUCUAGUGAGGACACUUUUGCCAAAGCCAAACUCAAGUUGGUUAACUGGUUAAUGAAGAUUGUAUCAACACAAUGUUGUCAACUUUUUAAACAUAGUCAGAGUGUUUUAUAUAUUUCUGCUUUGACUGGCUUCUCAUUUCACCCUGAUACACAAAGACACAAAACAAUCAAGCAAUGUGGCACCAUUUCUAAUAAGAAAGGCUGCCUAUAGGAUUAUGAGAUGUUGGCAGAUCAGCAUUGUUGGUCCAUUAGGUUACAAUCAAUGAUUCAUUGAUUCAGCAGGAACCUGGAUGUGUGUUUAUAUGAACAGGGAUGAAAAAGACUGUAUAGAUUCACUCCUUCAGCUGUCUGCUGAUGACUGUUUAGUAGAAACACAGAGGAAGAAUAGUGUCCUUGCCCACAGGGUUAUUGUUAUUUUAUACUGAGGAGCAUAAACUGAGUCGGUGCCGAGGAGGAAGAGAGGGAAAAAAAUAAAACUGUUAAAUUGCAGAGUGUGUGAGUGUGUGUGCGGCUUUUUUUCCUGAGAAACAGCAGGAAAAAUCUGCUGCUCUUGUUUGUUUUUACUCAACACAGUAAAAGUCAAGUAGAACAUUUAUACAAAGUUGAUGAUGCUUGGAGAUGUUUACUAUGAGCAGACUUGUUUUUAUUAUAAGAAUAGAAAUGCAACAUUGUACCCCGAAGCAAUAAGUAAAAUUAGUUUGUUGUUCUGUGUGUGUCUGUGUUUGUGUGUCUGUGUUUGUUUGUUCGUGUGUGUGUGUGUGCAGCCUGAUGAAAGCUCCCUGGAUUUCUCCUCUUGUAUUCUGAGGCACGGCAUCAAAAACGCCAAGGAGUUGGCUUGUGGGGUGUGUCUGCUCAACGUCGACGCUCGCAGCAAGGUUUGUCCACACACACAAACAGAUACACAUACUGUGUGUGUGUGUGAAUGCACAUUACCAUAAAUGUUGUCAUGGAUAACAACUGACAUUUGUUUGACUUUGAAACGUUUUGCAGAACAAAGACAGAAGCUCUAUUGGACGUCUCUUUAAACGAGUAUGAGACAGUCGACUGUCGACUAAAUCCACUCUUUCCCUCUGGGGGCCUUCGGGGGGGGGCUUAUUCCUCUUUUUUUAGGCAAGCCCAGCAGGGGGGCCAAAGUGACAGGUUCCCACUGCUCCUCUCUCACAGGCAAACAUCAGCCGUCUCAACAAACUCAAACUCAAACAGAUAGAAAGAACCUCCUCCAAACCUCGACAGAUACAUCGACUGUUUGGAAAACGCCAUCUUCUGUAAUAUCCAAACAUCAGGUGGAGCUGCUAUCAGAGUUUUAUCCCAGUACCUUGCUCUGGUUGCUAAGCUCUGAAUGAUCAGUCAGUUUUCAGUGAAGUCCGGGUUUAAUGAACAGUCAGAGGUUGUCGCUUCGUCUCCUAAACUAAACACCGAGGCUGACCAGGAAAAGAAUAAUGAUGUGCACCCUGAAAAUAAGUCAGAGAGCAGAGUCGUCACUUUGGCCCCUCAGGUGCGUUUUCACACUCUGGGAUUGGUUCUCCAGGUCAGAGCGGUCUCUCGGCAGGGUUUUAUUUCCUGUUCUGUCACCUUUGUGUGGAGGGAACUGCUCACCUUGCCACUUUCAGCUAACAAUCACUGGUGUCUCUGUUAGCCGUUCAGUUAUUAACUCUGACUGUGGCCCUUUGAGCAGAAUUGCUGUAUGUCCGCUUCCUCGCCUGCGGUGGCUGUGAUUUUCAUCAACGUGGGCUCUUAAUGGGAUUCCCAGAGGGCAGGACAGUGGCUCUGAUCGUUCCUCGCGGUCCCUUUGCCGCUCAGCCAGGGCCAGAUGGAUGGAACGGGCGAGAUACGGCCGACUGAGAGGCAUCCAGGACGCGAGCAGAUGUGGCUUCCACAUUAGUCAUAAGCAGGAAGUAAAGCUGAUAACAGACCUGCAGACUCUCUCGCUCUCUCUCGUCGCUGUGUGUGCAGAGGCAGGCUGCAAAUUAAUGCAGUUUUAUUUUGUCUCUGUGCCACUAGCAUGAGAUUAAUAACCCAUCUUUUAAUUACAUUUUUGGCAGAGCCACGCUGGUAAGAAUGCACAAAAGCCGGGUGGAGAAUAGAGUCUCCUCAGAGCAUAAUGAAGUGAAAGAACGGCUUUGGCGACCACAGACGGCACUGAUUGUUGUAUUGUCCUUUACUGAAGAGGUACUGAUCUGUUUUCAAGCAAAGGCACAGAGGGGUGGGGAUGUUGAUGAGGCGUCAAAGAAAACAGGAGAAACACUCCACAGCUGAUAAGCCUAAUGGCUGCUGUUCAAUCCUGUCAGGAAUUUUAAUAUUUUCAGAGAAUUAAAUCAGAAUUUGUUACCAGUUUGUCAAAACAGUCGGAGCCACAAAUCCAAUCAGAGCUGAAUCAUCCGCAGAGGCUCUCGGUCACAUCUGUCCUCGGUGAUCGUACGGCUGAUGUGACGCGUCUCCUUCUCCAAGUCAGGAAGUGGAGAUGGGCAACCAGCCGCAGCUUCCUCUCACCUCAGUUUAUGAGAAACAACUGCACUUUUAUCCACUUCUUCUAACUGACAUUUGCAGCAAUCACAGAGAGAAGCACCAAAAGUAGAAUAAUUUCGCUUUUAUAUAACUGCCACUUCCUGUAGUGUUGAAGGAUGUGGAUUGAUUAUAGUGUUCAGAUUUUUACCUCACAGCAGUGCUACAGGAAGUUCGGAUCUGAACUUUCUCAAAUGUUCCCAUCUCUUCAACUUAGAGCGUGUAAAUCUGAGUUUUGGUUGCCCGUCUCUUUCAUAACUCGUUUUUCUGUGCCCCGGGUUAGCAGGGUUCCUACACAGCACAGUGAGGAAGAGAGGAGAAAUCAGUCCAAUUCCAACAACAUACCAACAACAAUACCAGCCUGGAAAAGUUCAAACCUAAAGGAUAAUGAACUCAGAUCUUUGUGUGUUUGUCUCGCCGUACAGAACACGAUUUAGCUUCACUGACAGUCAGAUCAGGGAUGUUUAGGAUAUUCAGAGUCACAUCCUCCAGCAGAUGAGGCGAGUCUGUGUGACUGUGGGAGUUAUUCAGUGUCAAAGCAAGAAUCUGAAAUUGGUUAUGACACAUUCUGAAUGUGGCGGCGUGUCCAGCGGCGAUACAGCCUCGCUAAUGAUCCCAAACAGCAAACAUGAACGGGACCAGAGGAAAAACACAGGAGGCAGCAUUUUGCUAAAUUCACAAUCGGCCAAACACGUUUCUCUGCAAAAGCCGAAGAGAUUAUCGAACGAACUGAUCGAACUCUUCAGCAGAAUCCCUCAAAUCCUGUAGAGGUCAAUGUGUAGGAGCCCUGAGAGUAAUAACUUGACUUCUUUAAUGUUUUCAUCCACCUACUGGGAAUGUGGAGCUCUGUCCUGGUGAAACAGCUGCAUGCCGCUCUUUUCAUGCACACUUUACUUCGCUCUGGGCGUUGCGUGAAAAUGCUGACUCCUCUUGUGCUUACAGGCUCUGACUAAAGACAGUGACAGGAGAGUAAGGGUAAUUAUCUCUUUUCUUUUUUUUUUUAUUCUCAUGUAUAUAUAUUAGAAAGUAAAGUUUAAUCAAAUAGUUUACUCUGGAAGGGUUUUGAAGGUUAUUCAACCAGAAGGAGCCUCUGUCUGGAUCUGUAACCUUUACAUGCUGCUACAAAGGGCAGGUGAAUUAUCAGUCACUGGUUUAUCUGUGCAGCCGCAGCUUAAAAACAUUACCUCGUUCUUGUUUCAGCGUGUCUGAAAAGCCAAAACACAGCACUCCUCUGUCUAAGACACACUAAACGGACCUACAUUCACUUCCAUGCAGGUGAAAUCUAAAGAAAAAAAGUGCAGGUUUGAGAGGUCAAGUUUCUGCUCUGAAAGGAGGAAGCAUUUCAUUGCAUCUUUGUGCGACCGCUCUUUCAUUCUGCAUCCUCCCCCUCCAACGUUUUCCAUCUUUGGCAGCCGUAAGUGCAGGUUUGUGGAAACAAGUAGGCCAGGGGCACAAAAGAGCUCGGAGAGGAAAUGGCUCUGCCUGCGAAACGCGAGCGUGUGAGAAAAAAAACGGGAGAUGUGUCAUUCAGUUUGCGUGAGAAAGCCCUUCAUCCCGCAGAGCAUCUGUGCUGCAGACUGCAUCCGAGCAGGUGGAGAUAUAUCUGACUUCAGUGUUGUGUGUGUGUGUGUGUGUGUUGGGUUGGUGUGGGUAUUUUUUUUGUAUGCAGUAGUUGCUUUCUGCAUGCCUCUCUGUCUGCGUGGGAGGCUGUGAUUCACUGCACAUGACUCAUUCCUCUCUCCGGCUUCAGCUCCCAGUAUUUCACCAGGGAUGCAAACUCUUUAACCGCACAUCGCACACAUUAGCAUCUCCCUAUUGCACACACGCACUCUCACACACACACACAGACGCACACACUCAGGGCUGCAGCUGGACCCAUUGAAAUUGUGGAUUAGCAGCGCUCAUGUGGGGGUCAGAUCGUGGAACAGGUGGGAGUGUUUUUGUUGAACAACCUUUCAGGUUUGGAGCAACACGUUUGACUUCUGCUGCCACAGAGAAUGACGGUGAAGGACGCAGGACUGAGCCGGGUUCAAAACAAGAUCUUAGUGACAUGAAGAUGAUAUUUCACUCUUUAUUAAGUUAUUAUUGAGACCAAAUUUACAGGUGAAGUGAGCUUUGAUUUCUGGGGAGUUCAAGUAUAGAUGUUGAGGACUGUUUUUUCUAGAUUCAUCUACCAUAAAAUAACAGAUCUGAUGGGCACAGAGGUCAAUCAAUCAAUCAAAUUUUAUAUAUAUAGCACCAAUUCACAACAGUCCUCAUCCCAAGACGCUUUCCAAAGAAAAGGAGAAGGUCUAGACCACACUCAUUGUUUGAAAACCCAACCUAAGAUGGGAUUUGGCCCAUCUCAUCUAACAUGAGUAACAAUAGCAACGAAAAACUUCCUUUUGACAGGCAGAAACCUUGGGUAGGACCAGACUCAUGCCAGACAGAGGUCUUAAAAAGACCUGUGUGCUUUCUCCUCAUGCUGAUUAACGAUUGGCUUUAUAAGAGGUAGCAAUGAUAAGGAAACAAAUCAAGAUGUCCCUAAAUGUUUUAAAGGUAGUGACCUCUAAUUCAGUUUAUGAACCAAAUUGUUGGAAAUGUUAGAGUUAGAAGUCUCUUCUAGCUUUUUUACAACAUGCCUUAUUCGCCUUUUGAAUUCGCUGCCUGAAUGUCGUCUGAGGGGGGGAGGGUGCAGACGGAUGCAGAGGCGGAAAAACACCAAAAUAAACAUGGCGAGCGCUCCAGAAGGAACCCACGCCUAAAAAAUCUGUAAAUAUUUUCACCAGGUCACUUACUGUUGGAACCUCUGCUGCUGACGGUUGGUAAGGAUCCUUUUAUGAGGGUCAGCGCUGAUUCCCAGACCAGCUUUGUACCCGACCCUCAUUAUUGAAGCAGUCUAAAGGGAACAGGAUAGCACAAAGCACCAACAAUAGCCAGCCAAGUACCGUUUUAAUUGGUCCUCCAGGUCUGGGACCACUAGAGCUGUCACAACUUACCGAUAUUGAUAUUAGACAUUGAAGCUGUACUAUAAAUAAGAACAGAGUCAUACUGCUUUUAUAUUACAUGUGUUUCCUGUUUCAUUUUUACUGAAUGUGUUGUUUUAUUUUCUCCAGUAAUUGAGAGGAGAGUGUCUGACAUCCUUACAGCCUUAUCGGGAACUGGGGUUUUCCUCCUCCACAUUCUCAGGGUUUCUAAACUGGCUGUUAACGCAAAGAAAAUCUUGUUUUCAUCGCUGAUCCACGAACAACUGCAACUCUCAAACACUCGAGCCAUUAAAACCAGAUCUACAGUGUGAGGAUAGUGUUUAAAAGAGAUGCUCAUUUGUCACAUCUCAUGUCUUCAGUGUCAUGUGGUGUAUGUUUAUUUAUCAGACCGCAGCCACAGAGAUACCGAGGAGACUGUUUGGCCUUCACAGAUCUCAACAAGAGCUCGAGAGUGUCUCAGUGGUCUGUAAACCCGUGCUUUGAAUUCCAACACAGCAGCUUGCAUCGUAAAACAUUAUCUCAGUGAAUGUAGAAACAGUACGUCAGAUUGAGAUGUGAGAUCUGUGAUUAUUUUCACCGUGUGCGGCCGCGAGCUCAAGCAUCUGUAUGUUAAUACAGAUCUGCAGCUCUGCUUGUUUUCAGCUCGUGUUGUUUUUACGUGCGGCGGAAGAUUUUUGUCGGCAGUCUUUUUUUUCCUGCAUAAGAAUUCAGAUUCAAUUUUAUGCCAGCCAUUUAAAAUACAUGAGACAGUUCAGAGUCGUAUCGUGCAGGUAUUGUAUGCAUACAAACUCUUGUGAAUUAAAAUCCAUUUUUCUUGCCAGAGGCUCGUUUUCUGAUGCGUGACUUGGCUGCAGCACACAGCAGGGUCCUGUGUGCAACAACUGAGCUAUGCUGCAUAGAUCCACGAUUAAAAUACAUGUGAAACAUUUUAGUAUGUUUGCUUUAAAUUAUGAGAUUGCGCAUAAAAUGAACAUACAGAAUUACUUAAUCACAGCUGUGACUCUGUAAUUGUACAUCUUUGGCUCCUCCUGAUUGCAGACAGGUUUCAUAUCUCAGAGUUUCAGUGUUGUUGUUUUUUUUUUUUCUCUGACAGGCGUUCAACUCUGAGACUGACAACUUUAAGCUGCUGUACGGGGGUCAUCAGUACCACGCCAGCUGUGCCAACUUCUGGAUAAACUGCGUGGAGCCCAAACCCCCUGGACUCAUACUGCCUGAUCUGCUCUGAGCAAAUGAACAACAAAUCAUCAUCGGCUCUCACCCUGGACUGUGAGCGAAGGAAGGAAGGAUAUCAAGAACACUGGAUCCCUCUGUAUUUAUUAGUCUUUAUUCUGCAUUUCCUAAUGUGUUAACAUUCGUUUCCUUGACUCUGCUGACUCUCAUUCUAAGGUUUUGUAGAUCUGGACUUUGGUUCGCAUUAAUCAACAAGUAUCUAUCCCUGUCCUGGAGCUCUACAGAAGAAAAAGUCAACAAAUUUUUAGUAAGUGGCUCGUAUUUAUCAAACACAGUGUGCAGUAUCAUUGACAGCACUAGCAGAAGUCUUUAGAGUUUUAAUAUCACUUCUGUUUGAGGAAUUUGAUUCUGUACACUGAAGCAGAGCCGUUAAACCCGAAGCCUAUUACUGUACUUGAAUUAUAUUGUUAGUCUGGGUCUGUCAGAUGAAACUCUGUGGCUGUUCUCGUUUUAUUACCUUUACAAACUAUUAAACUUUCAGAUCAUCCCAACUGAGGCAGGUGUCUAAUACGUUUUUAUGAAUUGUGUUGAGUUUUUGCACUGCUGUUAAGAUUUCGGCGUCUCUUGGGGGUAUUUAAAUCGCAUAUUUUACUGGAAACAAAGGGUUGUGAUGUUGCUGGAAGGGAAUCACGUAGACGGUUUAGUGUUUUCUGUCUGUGUUGUGUGAGACUGGAGCUGAAGGUCCAGAGGAAGUUGACUUUGACUCUGGAGGUUAAUUGCAGCGGCACUUUUUGUGUGUUACGGUGUCCUGCUGUGGCACUGUCAUGAUGACCAACUGUAAUGUGAAUGUGAUGUAAAUAAAUAUACGUCUGAUUUUAAGUGUUAUGAUUCCGUCGGUUUUUGUUUUCAGUCUGCUUGUUGAUCAUUUCAUCCUCUUCACCUGCUUUUCCGCGAAGCUUCCUCCUCUGAACGCAUGAAUGUUGCCGCACAUUCUCGCUCCAUCAUUUCAUUCAAUAACGUACUUUCUCUGCGGCCAGAAAGGCCUCAUCUUCAUCACUUUGCAGCAAAAUGGAAUAAAUUCCUCUUCGACAAGCCUGCGGGGCUAUAGCUGCCGGUCGAGCUUCAGCCAAUCAAAUCAGUUGUCUGGAGGCUCUGUGAAAGCAGUCUCAUUAUAGCCCCUGCACUUUUGUUCAGGUGUGUUCUCCAACAUCCAUUUUAUCUCUCUGCGUUCCCUAAUUUAUUUCCUGCAGAAAAUGAAUUCCUCUCCCCUCACAGUGAAGACCGGGAUUACAGAAAAUUACAAGCGCGGAAAUCAAUUACUGACUAAGGCUGUGUAAUUCAAAAUGCAGAGCGUCUCUCUCGUUCCUGGGCCUGUCAUCUCCACGCCUAUUGUCUGUAGUGCGGCGCUGAAAUGAUCACUCUGGGAGGGGAGCCAGAUUAAAGUGAUACUGUAUUGACUGCUGCCCUUUGGUAUUUCACG